GACAAUUUGAAUGAGGGAAGAACUUGAAGUUGAAGUUGAAGUUGAACUUGAACUUGAAGCAGGAAGAAGGCAGGAGAAAGGCGUCUUUCUCAGGCGCUCUGGAGCUCUUUGACCUGCCCUUUUGUUGUUGCCCAGUCAGAGAUCGAUGAUUUAGUACCUUCAAAGUGUUGAGUGCCGACCACCUUCUAUGUAGACGCCCCCUGUUGAGUCCCAUUGUAGAAGCGUCCCGCUUUAUCAAGACAAGCACUGCGCAUGGCAGAGUGGCUACCUCUGGACAGGUCUAGUUGAACAACUAUCUAACAUCUGCAUAAAUUUCCAUCGGCUCACAUGAACUAGUCUCUGCUCGGAGAGGGCACCUGUUAGUGAUCCCAUGCGAGACCCCUCAUCCCUCAGCAAGACAAAGUGUUUAAGGGACUGCGCUGGUCCCUGAGAGUGGCUUCAUGUGAACUUCCAGAAGCCUCUCUCACGCCACCAUGUCGGACUUGGUCGGUGCAAAGCGGUAUGAGAAGGGAAGGACCCUCGGUGAAGGCACCUAUGGGACCGUGUUUGAAGCAACCGACAAAGUGACCGGGCGAAUAGUGGCCAUCAAGAAAAUUCGGCUGGGCAAGUACAAGGAGGGCGUCAACGUCACGGCGCUGAGGGAGAUCAAGCUGCUGAAGGAACUGCACGACCCGCAUGUGAUCGAGCUCAUCGACGUCUAUCCGAAGAAAAAAAACCUGAACCUUGUGUUUGAGUUCAUGACGAGCGACCUUGAGGGGGUCAUCAAGGACCGCUCAACUGUGCUGUCCCCCGCCGACAUCAAGUCGUACAUGCAAAUGGCUCUGAAGGCCAUUGCAUUCUGCCACCGAAAAUGGGUCCUACACCGAGAUCUGAAACCCAACAACUUUCUGAUUGCCACGGACGGCCAGAUGAAGCUGGCGGAUUUUGGCCUUGCACGCAUUUUUGGCUCCCCGGACCGUGUGUUCACUCACCAGGUCUUCGCCCGCUGGUACCGCGCCCCCGAGCUGCUGUUUGGCAGCAAGCAGUACGGGCCCGGCGUCGACAUCUGGGCGCUCGCGUGCAUCUUCGCGGAGCUUAUCUUGCGGCGUCCGUUCCUGCUCGGCGAGAGCGAUAUGGACCAACUAGGAAAGAUCUUCGCCGCCUUCGGCACUCCAACCGAGGCCGUCUGGCCCGGCAUGACGUCACUCCCCGACUACAUUGAGUUCGUGCCAUGCCCGCCCACCACCCUCCGGCAGCUCUUCCCCAACGUCAGCGAGGAUUGCCUCGACAUCCUGCAAAAGAUGUUCACGUACGAUCCCCGGAAACGGAUCUCGGCCGAGGCCGCGCUGAGCCAUAGGUAUUUUAGCACAGGUCCCGCCCCCACCAAGCCCGACAGGUUGCCCCGCCCGCCAAUUCGAGCAAGCGGCGAUAAUGACGCGCAGGAUAGGUCGCCAGUCGUGUUGUCCCCGGCCCAUAAAAGUCGGCGGAUAUCCUUCCCGAACCUUGAUACGAACCCGCAAUCGGACGGUGGUCAGCCGUCCACGGGCGUCCGGAGGGCUGCCACCGGAGGGAGGCCGGGGGGGCCCGGCUUCGAUCCAAUGUCGAUUUCGGACGAAAAAGGGCGGCCAAUGUUGAACAGUGUGGACAAGUCGUACCUGCGGAAACGGAAGCUGAUGAUGGAUCUGGCGCUGCAAGAGUCGGAAGAUGCAUAGCGCAUGAUCGUGCGCUGGCAGAUAAACAUCAUUGAGUUCAUUCUUCACAAAGCGUGCAUCUCACAUGCUGAGAGUCGAUUUAAAAGUUGGCAGCGAAACGCGUUCGAAGUGGUACUAGUCAGCUUAUAAGAGAGCUUUGAAUCUGAAUGAGAUCAGACGUGAGCAUAGGGCGUUCCUUGUAGCACGCAUAUGCAGUAUAGUGCCUUAGGUAAGCUGAAGGUAGUUGUUACUUCUUUUAGAUUCUUUCACUACCGUACCUGUAUUUGAUUUCGGCAGGUUCGACGCCGAUUAAUAAAAUAUGGAACUUUUAAUCCUUUCGGCCGACCUAGCGUUACCUGCUAAAAACUACCGUUAUCGACC